AUGGAGAUGAGCGCUCAGGCUGAACAUGGCAUCCGUGACCGAGCCAGCUGCAAAUACAAAGCGUCCAGUUUAUUUUCUGCUUACUGUAUAGAUAGCAUACUGGGCAGAAGUCCUCUCAAAGUCCGGCUGAUCGGGAUGCAAAGUUUGGCGGCACCACAUCUCACAAACGAGAGCCAAGUUGCACCAAAUACAAGUUUACCUCCUCACGCAAAGCUGCACCUGCCACCCAAACUGCGGCGCCCGUUCAGUCCAUCACAAACACAAGAACCCAGUGCUGCGUGCCCACAAGAAAACGAGGUCAAGUCCUACCGGGAUAAUGUUCUUUCAAACAGUCAUAUAAAGAGCAAAUCUGCUCAUGAAGAACCAGAGAAUACAUGCCUUUCUCCUGAACACGAGGAAGAACUGAAAGAGGAAGAUGUAAGCAUAAAGGAAAGUGAUGGUGGAGUGUGUGUUUCAGCAAGCGGUGAUGCUGAGGACGGAACACUAAGGCGCAAGCAGAGGAGAUACAGGACUACAUUCACCAGUUACCAACUGGAUGAGCUGGAAAGGGCUUUCCAAAAGACACACUACCCUGACGUAUUCACAAGGGAGGAAUUGGCUAUGCGGUUGGACCUGACGGAGGCGCGCGUUCAAGUCUGGUUCCAAAACCGACGUGCAAAAUGGAGAAAAAGAGAGAAAGCUGGGGUUCCAGGUCAUCGCUUGGGUGUCCACUACCCUGGACCCAUCACUGCAACCCAGUCCCUUUGCCACUAUUUGGGAGGGGGACCAUUUAACUCCAACCUGCACCCAGGCAUUGAGUCAGGGUGGCCCGCCCCUCUCCAUGGAUUAACCCAGAUCAUUCCAAACCCUGCAUCUCCCCACAGAAUUUGCUCUCUGCUUGGAGCAUCCAUGCUGAGACAUCCGGCCUUCAUUGGCCCAGCCUUUGGAAGGUUCUUUUCCAAUGUGCCUCCAUUGGCACUGCAGAGAUUUUCCAUUCCCACUACAGAGAAUUCAAUUCAGCCUCUGCUCCACAUUCCUGAUUCCCAAUCAUUAUCUUCUUCCACUCCAUCUUCCUUGCCUGUAGACCACCGUGCAUCCAGUAUUGCAGCUUUGCGACUCAAAGCAAAAGAGCACUCGGUUCAUCAUUUUGGUGUUCUGUUGAAUAGCACGGAAGGAAAAGAGGACUAA